AUGUCUACCCAAUCUUUCACUGGAUCUCAGGGAGCGAAAUCCAAUCGUCCUGCGAAGAUGGCCUCGUCUCAGUCGUUGAACCACCUGCUCAAUUUCACGCUUCCUCCAAGGCAGUCGCACCAGCAUCAGAGCUUUCCACGGAGAAAUAGGAAGUCGACACAUCCAGCUGUGUGGAAUAAGGAGCUCAUCGAAUACCUCGACAUAGGCUUUAUCAACGCCCAGUAUCGUUUUGUCAUGAGCCCUCAUGGUGAUUACACUGUACACUUCGCGGACCCAGAUAUUUUCUUCCAAUGGCAUGAUAUUCUUCAGGUUAUUGUGCCCCGUACCUCUGCAGUCGCCUCUGCUGCAGGCUCAGGAGAGAAAAUUGCUCAAGAGGAAGGCAUAAUGAAUUGUCCUAUCUGUCUUUCUCCCCCAACUGCACCUCGCAUGACUAAAUGCGGCCAUGUAUUCUGUUUCCCGUGUAUCUUGCAUUACUUUAAUACCUCCGAUAAUCUCAAAUGGAUCCGGUGCCCCAUCUGCUUUGACUCUGUCAACGAGAGACAGCUCAAGAAUGUCAAAUGGCUUGACGGAGUUCCGCAGACUGAGGACAUGGAAGAUACCCCCGCGGAGGCGUCUUCAUCUUCCUCGGUGAUUGACAGCGAUCUCGUUGCUACUCCUCGUCUUGGUUCCACUCUUCGUAUGCGGCUUAUGCAGCGACCUCAGAUCACUACGCUUGCUCUUCCUCGAUCUGAGACGUGGCCUUCAGAUCUACUCCCUCCUCAUCAAGCACCCUUCCACUUUUUGCCUGACAUAUUUGCUUUCUCCAAAUUCAUGCUUGCGACCCCGGCCUACCUCAUAGCUGAUCUUACCAAAGACCUCGAUGACCUGGCCACUGAGAGGCGUAUACUCGCUAGCAUGAGCGACGAUCUGGGUGUCAAUUUUAUCGAUGCUGCCGAUGCCAAAGUUCGGCAUCAGAUCGCCAAAGCUGCCGCAUUGGAGACCCCACAGUUGAAGGAGGCUGUCGACAACGCGUUACAUACCCAGCAACAGAUAUAUGACCGUGUAGUGUUUCAUAACCAGCGCAAACAGGAGGAUCAACACGCUAGGGACCCAUUGGAAGAUGCUCCACAAGAUUUCCUGGCUAUCCAGAACUUUGGUUUCGCUUCACCUCUCGCGUCUCAGACCACAACACCAGGCAUCAAGAGUCGCUCGUCCACUCCCACUCGGAAUCCUAAACUACGUCGGAACUUGAAUCCUCCCCCUCCAUCCACGUCGACAUAUUAUUUCUACCAGGCAGCUACGGGGAUGCCGAUCUUCCUACACCCGCUGGAUAUUCGCAUUCUCUUCUCGCACUUCAACAGCUAUGCAGCUUUUCCUGAUGUGAUCAAUAUACGUGUCGAGUCGUUUGCAGAGAGCACAGUAAACGAUGAUUUGCGCAAACGAUGUAAAUAUCUCGCACACCUCCCAGAGGGCGCGGAUGUUGUAUUCGUGGAGGCAGACCUCGAAGGCGUCGUCGGCGCAGAGAGGCUCAAAAGCUUUGAGGGUCCGCUGCGGAUGCGUCGUUCUAGGCGCAAGGAGAAGGAAAAGAAGGACGACAAAGCCCGUGCGCGAGCAGAAGAGCGGGAGAAAGAGAAGCUUGCACAUGCAUGGAGAGAGCCUAAUCAUGUUUUCACUUCGCCCACGUAUCAGCGACCGGCUUCCCCCGCGGAAGGGGACGACUUCCCAGAUUCAGUGGAGCAGCCAUCCGUCCAGGCUCCCGCCGAGGCUGCAGGAGCCUGGGGAAACCGGAGCUUUGCGUCAGCGGCACACGCUGCUCAAGGCAGACCUACCGGGCAACGUGCUCCUGCACGUCGCGAGAGAGAGGAGGAAGAUGAGUGGGACCUCGAUGUAGCAUUUCAUGAGCUGGAGCAGAGAGGCGUCCGUGGAGGCGGGAAGAAGAAACCGGCCAGAAUGGUCGUCCUUGGGGGAGGUGGAGGACGGCGAAGAUGA